AUGACCGGAUGCGAGGUUUUGGAUUUACAAGAUAAGAAAUGGAGAUUCGUGACUACUAGGCCUCUUGAUCAUCAUCACAUCUUAACAAACCAGAGGCCCGCCUUUGCAAACGGAUCAUUCUACUGGCUUACGGGAGACGACGAGGAAGGAUAUCCAUCCACACAAACGAAACUCAUUCUUUUCGAUAUUCAUACAGAGAUGUUUCAACUCGUCCCAACUCCACCUUUUAUUACCCUUGAUGCCUCUCCUGAGACCAUCGGUUUAUGCAAUCUCGAUGGACGUCUCUGCAUUUCUGAGUUGAAAGGAGAUGACUGUAAGCAAGAAUUUUGGUGGAGUGUUAAGGACAACACAAAAUGGGAGAAGAUCUUCACGGUUGACUUGCGUUCUACUUCCACUUGGUUUCGCGGUAUCACUUCGCAACCUCUCACACCUUUGGCCAUUUCAAGGGAUAACAAUAAGGUCAUCCUCUCUCUUCGUGAUCAAGAUAACCUCGUUGCUUUCGAUCUUGAUCCCGACUCUGCAAUUUAUCAUCUGUAUUUCUCUGGUUACUAUGGUUUAGCUGUUCCUUAUUUUCCAAAAUGCCUAAGGAUGCAAAUGGCUUUGUUGGGGUUAGAAGUUAACUCACAUAAUAUGGCAUUAAAUGGGUGGAUGUUUCAAGUGUUUCCAAGUUACUACUUGAAAUAUUUUUUGCCUUUGAUUAGCAAUGUGUAUGAUUGGCGAAGAAUGGAGCUAAAUUGUUUAUCCAUGGUGGUUGUUCGUCCACUCCAUUUCAUACCAAGUAAACAAGAUUACCUUUUUUGUUCGAGGCUGAAUUUUCUUCACGCUCAAACGUGCAAAGUCUACCGUUACUCUAACAAACCUACUGACUGGAAAUAA